AGAGCCUGCUACUACUCUCUGCCUUGGGGGUUUUGGUCAAGGGGCGCGUACGAGUUUUCGCGAGCAAGUGUAAAUAGGAAGCGAGUUGAAUAAGAAAAAAAAAAUCAAACAACGGAACGAAACAAAAUUGCAAGUGAUUGCCAAUUUUUAUUUUUGCAUACCGUUUGCAGAAGAAGUGAGUGUGUAAACAAGGAAAACGCGAAAAAUAUCGGCAAGUGAAAAAAAAUUCUUCAAAUUUUGCCGAAAGUGAUUGAUCUUUUUUUUUCGGGUGAUUUCAAGAAUCGUUUCUUGUUCCGGAACGUAAUUGGUCAAGAGAAAACGGAUCCAAUCAGCAUCGAUAGACGACGGAGUUGCAGCAGAAGCCGAAGCAGAAGCAAAAGGAGAGGAAGAAAAGUGAAGGAAAAAAUAAAUUGCAAGGUCGUUCAAAUUUCCUAGUUAUUCGAUCGCUGUGUGUGCGUGCGUGUGUGUGUCUGUGUCUGUGCGUGGCGAUCCAACUCACCUAAUUAGAAUAUACAACCCAUGUAUGCACGCACCAUAUGAGUGCUGCUGGCUGGUGUCGAGAAUAAAGUCCAAUGAAGAUGAGGGUUUUGGUGUUAUUAUUGGUUAACAUAUUUUGCCUGGCAAAGUUUGUCAAAUCCUAUGGCGUUACGGAGCACCGCGUUGACUACAUCAAAACUGCAGAUGGUCAUGAAUACGAUUAUCAUUACCACGACGGUUCAGCGCCACGAUUUGAAAAAACCAAAUUUCAUCACCUGCAGCCGCUGCAGCAGCAACAUCAACAUCAACAGCAGCAGCAGCAGCUUCAGCGUAAUCACAAUCUCAACCAACAUCAGCAGCCACUGAUAAGUAAGCGGCCUUACAAGCAACCCUUCAAACAGCCCUACUUCAACAAGUACUUUGCCACGGAGGUCCACGAGCAGACCCAUCCGAACAAUGAAUUCCAGGCCGCACCAUCCAGCUACUCCAACAGUGCUUUCAAACAGCAGAAUUCGAUUCCGAUCUUCGAAAGUCACGAAAAAGUCCGACACUCGUACGUGGACAAUGAGGAUGACGACGACGACGACAACAAACACAAUAGCAGUAGUGACUAUGACGAAGAGCGCCACGCCAAACGCCGACCUGCCAUACCAACGUCCACGCUGACCAAGACUAAACCCAUUUUCGGAACUUUCAGUCCCAUACAAAGACUUCAGCCGGUCAAUGGACACCGCGCUCACAAAUACAAUAGCUACGAGUCAUCAUCCGAAUCGGAUGAAACUCCGGUGAGGCCAUCUACUGGCUCUAGUCACUCGUCUCCCCAAUUCCACUUUCUGGCGAACGGUAGCAGCCCACUGAACGUCCCCGGUUUCCACUUCAUUUCCGGUGGAUAUUCGUACUUCAGUUCACAUCCCUCAUCGAGUAAGCAAAGGCCGCAACCUGCUCUGGUUGAGAAACCAUACGCUGACGAUUUGAUUACUACUACAACACGCCGACCGUACGUCGCACCAACGCUGACCACUUCGACACCAGCCUCCAAGCUCUACAUCCAACCGAGACCGACCAAAUCGUCACACCAGCGACGACCCUACAUUGCACCUGCCCUAACCACGACCAAACGACCUUAUGUUGCUCCGUCCGUUCUGCAGUCCACGAGUAAGAUAACGGACCCCAGCUUUCUAGCUCUCGGACAGCAACCUGCCAUCGUGAACGGAGCCAGCCGAUUCCGGUACACGCAGCCGAACAGCAAGACGACGACGACGACCAACUCCAACGCCAAGAAGUCGGAAAAGCAGAGUGAACUCUACGAGCCGGAGUUCGACAUUGACAUCCGAAUCGACUUGUCCAGCGAUUCGGUGCACUAGAGAUCCCAAUCGAUGUAUGCUAUUUUGCACCUAACCUUAACUUUAUUCUUCUUUCUUUCUUUUUUUCUUCUUUUAGCCAAUAGAGAAUAUUAAUUUUUAAUUUAAAUCGAAUUGUGCCGACUAAUAAACGUAGAGGAAAACUGUGAA